AUCAGGGGCUCCAAGCCCCAUCCAACCUGGCCUGGAACAUCUCCACCACUGCUCUGGGCAAUCUGUUCCAGGGCCUCCCCACCCUCACAGCAAAACAUUUCUUCCUAAGAUCUCAUCUCAAUCUCCCCUCUUUCAGCUGAAAACCAUUCCGCCUCAUUCUGUCACUGCACUCCUUGAUAAGGAGCCCUUCCUCAGCUUUCCUUUCCUAUUUUCCCAGUGUGACCAUGAUUGUAUCAGGAGUUUGGUUGGGCAGAGCGAGGCAGAUUGACCGGAAGUGGUGGGAUUGGGACUGGAGUCCACUGGGGAGGCUCAAGGUUCUCCAUCCAGUCCAGCACCAGGCACACCUUGGCCAUCCCUGGCCCAGAUCCGUGCUAAUUCAGCUCUUCUUCUAGACUCUAUUUUGAGAACAUCUGGGCUGUGUUCCUCCUCCUCCUCGGAGUGAAGCCUUUUGCCUCGAAGAUGGCGGGUGGCGUGGACGGCCCCAUAGGGAUCCCGUUCCCGGAUCACAGCAGCGACAUCCUCAGCAGUUUGAAUGAGCAGCGAAACAACGGGCUGUUGUGCGACGUGGUCAUCUUGGUGGAAGGCCAGGAGUUCCCCACCCACCGCUCCGUCCUGGCGGCGUGCAGCCAGUACUUCAAGAAGCUCUUCACCUCAGGGUUAGUGGUGGACCAGCAAAACGUGUAUGAGAUAGACUUUGUGAGUGCGGACGCCUUGUCGGCUCUGCUGGAGUUCGCUUACACCGCGACCCUUACUGUCAGCACUUCGAACGUCAAUGACAUCCUUAACGCCGCCACACUGCUGGAGAUCCCAGCGGUAAGGGAUGUUUGCACGGAUCUCCUGGACAGUAAGAUUCUGGUCAAAACUGACCAGAUGGAUACAGUAGAUCAAAUUGAUCAAAGGAACCAUCUCAGAGCAAAAGAGUACCUGGAGUUCUUCCAGAGCAACCCCGUCAACGGCCACCAAGGCAGCUUUCCGUGGACCAACACAGAGUUGAGAGACCUUCAGAAACUGAAAUUCCGAGUCAAAGAGGAGGAGGAGGAGGUGGACUGCAAUGGCACAGACUUCUUCUCGCAAGCCCCCCUAAACGAAAGACCAAAGGCGAAUGACUGUGAUCCUGACAGCAACCCAGCCAUGUGGCUGGUCAAAGAAGAGGAGGAGGAGGCAGCUCCUGGCUCCUUGUUUUCACCUUCUCAGAACGGACAUUACAGCAGCCGUGGCCUGGCCACGCCGGGAGAAGAGGAGGGGACCCCAGGGGUUCCUCUGGACCAGCAGGAAGCCGGCGACUCCCCCAGCUUCGUUCCUGCUGGAGCGGAGACAGAAGAUGAUGCGAGGGAGGUGGAUGGCUUGGCUGCUAGCGCCCUGCUGCAGCAGAUGAUGAAUUCCGUGGGGAGACAGCAGCUCGGGGAGGAUGACCGUAAGGAUGACGAUGGGGUCAUGGAUUAUUACUUGAAGUAUUUCAGCAGUUCAAACGAGGGUGAUGUCUAUCCGUCCUGGUCCCAGAAAGUGGAGAAGAAGAUCAGGGCAAAAGCAUUCCAAAAGUGCCCCAUCUGCGAGAAGGUGAUUCAGGGGGCCGGCAAGCUGCCGCGCCACAUCCGCACCCACACCGGCGAGAAGCCCUACGAGUGCGACAUCUGCAAAGUCCGAUUCACCAGGCAGGACAAGCUGAAGGUCCACAUGAGGAAGCACACGGGGGAGAAGCCCUACUUGUGCCAGCAAUGCGGCGCCGCUUUCGCUCACAACUACGACUUGAAGAACCACAUGCGCGUCCACACCGGCCUACGACCCUACCAGUGCGAAAGCUGCUUCAAGACUUUCGUCCGCUCUGACCACUUGCACAGGCACCUUAAAAAAGAUGGAUGCAACGGGAUUCGCUCCCGACGGGGCCGGAAACCCCGAGUGAGAGAUGCCGAAGGUUUACCGACCACCCCAACGGGGAAUCCUGAAGAUGGAAGCUUCCAAGCCGGUGGGGAGAGCCAAGAAUCGGAUGACACCUCGCAACGCAACGGCCCAGAGCAGCAGCACUUUGAGGAUAACUCAAAUACCGAAGCGUCGGGAUUGAAUGUAGCAGGAGGGUCGGCUGAGGGUAACACGCAAGGACUCUCCUAAACCAAAAAAAAAAAAGAAAAACACAAAACCACAGUGUCACAAAAUCUAGUUAGUACUUUUCCUCCGGAAUUUUUUUUUUUUGGUUGUUUUUUUUUUCGUUUUUUUCUCUCGAAAGAUGUUUCCCUUUUUUUUUUUUUUAAAAAAGAAAAGCAGAAAAAAAAAACCGACAAAAAAAAAAGAGAAAAAAAAAAAUUAUAUAUAUAUAUAUAACGUUUCCAAUCUUCCCAUCGUAAGGUCCCCCCAGGAUCCCUCCGUAGCCAAGGACUUUGCCUUGGAAAGGCAGAUGCUAGGAAGCGAGGGGGUGAGGACGGAAAAAGUGGUUCUGUCGCAUGGAAAAGAGCUUCCAUGUAAAUCCAAAGCUUUAUUUUGUGUCCAAACACACGUUAAAAAAAAAAAAAACUUAUUUCAGAGAGAGAUCUAUUUAAGGCAAAAAAAAAAAAAGAGUAAAAAAAAUAGACCAAAAAAAAAAAAAAGAAAUAAAAAAAUCAUAAAAAAUAAGCGGUGGGGGUGGAAGGGCUCUUGGAAUACGGUGCCUCGGGAGCGGGGACGGCCUCCCCGUCGCUGGGUCUUGGGACGUUGGAGCUCCAGCGGCGCGCGGGGAGGAGCGGUUGGGGGCUCCCAGAAUGGAGGUGGUUCCUUCCAGGGAGAUACGGGGGUAUUUUUUAGUUUUUUUUUGGUCCUAAAGGGUCUGGGAUCUUCCCAGCGGCCCCGUCGCAAAGCUGGGUUUGCCAGAGGGGACCUGAGGGGGUAGGUCGGGCUCGGAAAUUGCCGGAAAUUGCCUAAAAUUGCCGAAAAUUGCCUAAUGACGUGAGUGGAAAAGUUAGGAGUUGAGCGGGAGUGGGAUGCCAGGAGCUGGGGGCACCCGGCGCCAGGGGUAUGGAUGCACGGGAAGCCGUGGUGGGGUCGAUGCUGUGGUGGUAUCAAUGACGUGGUGGUAUCAACCCAUGGUGGUAUCGAUGCUGUGGUGGUGUUGAUGCCAUGGUGGUGUUGGCACCAUGGUGGUGUUGACACCAUUGUAGUGUCUAUGCCAUGAUGGUGUCUAUGCCAUGGUGGUGUCUAUGCUAUGAUGGUGCCUAUGCCAUGGUGGUGUCUUUGCC